GAAAUUGAAAAGUCUCUUGUGAUUCGUGUGUGUGUGUGUGUGUGUACCAAAAGUAUGGCACUCAAAGAUGAAAGCUUUCCACGAUCAAAACCAUCGAAACAUCCGACUUCGAUCUUACCAUCAUAUCGACCAUCGAUUGCUGAAGAUGAACAAUUAUUCAAAAGCAGAAAAAGGAAACCAACAGAAUCAAAGUCCGCAAAACCAAAGAAGCGAUCUAAAAAAACUUCAAAAGAUCAUAAUAAUAUGCAAGAACAAAAUCAAGAAUCAAAUCUUAAAAAGACAGUCAUCGAAAAUUUAACCGUGAAUCGUUUGAUUGAAAAUAUGGUCGUACUUGGUUGCAUCGAAGAGAUAACCGAUUUUGAAUUGAAAUUUUCCAUCACUGGUGGAAUCAAUGUAACCGUUCCGAUAACGAAUAUUUCGACACCAUAUAGUCAAUUGGUUGAAAAUUUUGCCAAUGACCAAAAUGAACAUGGUGUGGAGAUUGCAAAAUUAGCUUCAUUAUUCAAUAUGGGCGAAUAUUUUGCCAUUCGGAUUCUGUCCAAACGAAUCUGUGAUAAAUUUGGCCAUUCCGAAGUUAUCGGUUCAAUCAAUCCUAAAGAUGUUUAUCAUAAUUUUUCGUUCAAAACAUUUCAAAGAUUACCAUCUGGUUAUAAUCUAAUUGCGGCAGUGUUAAGCAAAGAAGAUCAUGGCUAUCUAAUGGAUAUUGGUGUUGAAGACAUGAAAGCAUUUUUACCCAAUGAAGAUAUUGAACAGAAUAAUAACGUAGACCUUCAUAUUGGUCAAUUAAUUCAAUGUUCAGUAGCAAACGUUAAUGAACGAAGUCUAACAUUGACAGUUGAUGAUAAAAUGGCAAAAAAAUUUUCUAUUGAAGAUGAUCAUCAGCCUGGUAUUCUUUUCUAUACACCGGGAAUCAAAACAAAUGCCACAAUCACCGGAACUUUUAAUCAUGGUCUUGAAUUAGGAUUACCUGGUGGUUACAAAGGUUUUGUACCACGAUUCCAUGUUAGUGAUGAUCUUUCCGUAAUGCCUAAACAAUUUCAAAUCAGUAAUACCGUUCAUGGGCAUGUUAUGUACGUACAUCCACAUACAAAACAAGUGUGCAUAUCACUUAAAUCAAAAAUAAAAUCAAAAAAAAUAAAAAGCCUUAUCGAAUCGAUACGUAUCGGAUUGAUCAUCGAUAAUGCCAUUGUUUGUUCUCGUACACAAUAUGGUGGACUAACAUUUCGAUUACCGGGUAAUAAUUAUGCAAUUGCAUUGAAAAAAAAUCUUUUCGAAGCGAAAGAAUUUGAUGAAGAUAAUUAUGAUCGUUUAUAUCGGCCAGGAUCAUCACAUCGUGUACGAGUGAAAAAAUUUCAUCUUAUCGAUAAUCUUAUUGAAAUAUCAUUACGAAAAUCAUUUAUCGAUCGUAAAGAUUUAACCAUCGAUGAUAUAGAUAUUGGUACCAUUGUCGAAGGUGUAGUAAAAAAAUAUCGACCAGAUGGUGUAUAUGUAAAAAUAGGUUUCGGUAUCAAUGGUUUCAUACCGAAUAUUCAUCUAACAGAUACACCUACAUUGAAUUGGGAAAAAACCCGUUCACAAUUUUUUCCAUUAAAAAAACGUGUUCAAUGUAAAGUGCUGAAAUUGGAUUUUUCUUCAAGAAUACCGAAAAUAGCAUUAACAGCGAAGAAAACUUUAUUGAAAAUGAAUGAUGAAGAAAUGUUCAAAGAUUUGAGUAAAAUAAAUGCACGAAUGUCAUCAACAGGUGUGGUUUGUCUCACCACCGAUAAAGGAAUAUUGUUAGAAUUUUUUAAUCAUGUUCGUGGUUUUAUACCGUUAAAAUUUCUCGCAACCUAUAAAAUUGAAUAUCCGGAUAAAGUAUUUCGUCUGGGACAAUUGAUAAAAUGUACGGUCGUUACCGUUGAUCAUCAUGCACAACAUAUGGUCUGUUCAUUGAUCGAUUUGGAUGAAACGAAAAAAUUGAAAAUGAAUCUACAGAUUAAAACGAAAAAUGAUACAUAUAAUUCAAAACUUAAAGUCGGACAAAUCCUAAAACGAAUGCGAAUAAUUUCUAAAACACCAAUGAAAGGUUAUGAUCUUACGGAUGAUGCACAGGAAAAGAUACAAGUAUUUCUACCACUUGCUCAUUUAUCGGAUGAUACAUACAUUAGUCGUAUAAUGUUUGGUACAUAUAAAGUUGGUGAUAUUAUCGAUGAAUUAAUGGUAUUCUCGAAAGAUUCAGCUAAUGUGGUAUGCGUUACGAUGAAACCGAUUUUUCUGCAAAAAAUCUAUCCAUUAAUAAUGAAUGAACAUGAUGUUCAAUUGAAUUCACCAUUUCCGGCUAUUGUACGUAAUGUAACACCAACCGGUGUAUUCUUUGAAACAACUAAUGCUCAAUAUGGUGUGGUUAGACGAAAAUUUCUUCAAGAUGGUUUUAUUGAUGAACCACAAAAACUUGGUCUUUGUCGUGGCCAAACAAUAUUUGUCAAAGCAAUCGAUGUAUCAUCAUAUGAAUUUUCUGGAUCUAAUGAUGAAAAUUAUUUAAAAAGAUUUAAAUUUUCAAUGAAACUUUCCGACGUUUGGAAUAGAGAGAAUUCGAAUGAAAGUAUUGAAAUGUUAAAAUCUUAUCUAAAUCAAUUGCAAUGUAUUCGUCAAUCAUCGAUGGAAAAUAAGGAUGAAGAUGAAAAGAUUCGUUUGUUGACAUCAUAUUCGAUUGGUGAAGUUAUUACGUUUGUCAUCACAGAAAUUAAUGAUGAUCACAUUAAAAUGGAUUGUAGCCGAAGUGGUUGUAAAAAUGAACCAACUGUAUCUGGUAUAGCGAUGAAAUAUGAAACAUUUCCCGAUUUAACCAUUUCACAGAUGGGAAUGGCCAUUGUUUGUGAUAUUGAUUUUGAUCGAAAAAAUCUCAUUCUAUUUAUACAAUCCAAACCUAGCAAAUUGAUUCGUCUGGUGAAAAAUUUUCAGCGUACAAAUUUGACAAAAAUUAAAUCAAAUCAAUUGAUAAAAGGAACGGUUAUUCAUGUGAAUCCGAAAUAUAUUCUAACCAUUUUGGGUGGUCAUUUACCCGGAUUAAUUGCCUAUGUACCUUCAAGAAAACAUUAUAAUGACCUAAGACAUGUGGAGAAAUUAUUUACCAUUAAUCAAAGUUAUCAAUUUAUGAUUGAAAAUUUUGAUAAUAAUGAAGAUCAUCAUAUUGCUAAAGUGUUUGUUAUACUUUAUGAUAAUCAAAUGAAAAAAUCUAUCGAAUCUAAAAAAAUUCAUUCGAAGAAACCUAUCGCUCAUCAGCCACCAAUCAUCGAAUUUAAAAAUGAAGUCAUCACUGUAAAUGUGGAAACUGAACAAAAAUCGAAAAACAAUCAUGAAAAACAAAUUGAAAAAUCGAACUUGACAUCUACAAUCGAUCGAUUCGAUUGGAAUGUAUUGGAUCUAUCGAAAUUGACUAAUAAACGAAAAUUUGAAGAAUUACAAACAAAAUCCGAUGAGGAUUCUGGUUUCAAUAUUGAUAGUGAUUCCGAUGAAUCCGAUGCUGCUUAUGAUGGAUUGAAUAAUAAAAAACAUCGAAACCGUGAGGAACGAGGUCAAGAGGCAAGAAAACGUGAAAUGAUGUUACGUGAAAAGGAACAAAAAUUAACCGAUAUAGAUCGAAAACCACAAGAUGAACAGGAUUUUGAAAUGGCCAUCGUUGCCAAACCGAAUAGUUCAUACAUAUGGAUUGAAUAUAUGGCAUUCAUGGUCGAAUGUAAACAGAUUGAUAAAGCACGUGAAAUUGGUGAACGUGCAUUGAAAAAGAUUUCAUUCAGAGAGGAGAAAGAAAAGCUAAACAUAUGGACAAGUUUACUGAAUUUAGAAAAUCAAUAUGGUGAUGAAAAUUCCAUGAAAGAAUUGAUUGAAAAAGCUGUAAAAUUUAAUGAUGCUAAAACCAUUUAUAGCCGUGUGGCAAUCAUUUAUGAUGAAAGUGAACGUAAAGAUGAUGCUGAACAAAUUUAUCAAUUUAUGAUAAGAAAAUUUCAUACCAAUCUUACUGUAUGGAUUUCAUUUCUAUUAUUUUAUAUGAAAAAUGGACAAAUUGAAAAUGGCAGAAAAUUAUUUGUUAAAGCAUUGGCCGCAAUCAAUAAACAACAACAUAUUGAUCUAAUUUCAAAAUUUGGUCAAUUUGAAUUCUGUUAUGGUGAUUGUGAAAAUGGUAAAACAUUAUUUGAAAAAUUAUUGGCACUUUAUUGGGGACGGUUGGAUAAAUGGUCAAUCUAUAUCGAUAUGCUUAUUAAAUAUACAUUGAAUGAUAAUGAUAACCACGAUGAUUCGAUUGAAUUUAUACGUAAUAUUUUUGAACGUUUAUUAACAUUUAAAUUUUCACCGCAUAAAAUGCGUUUUAUAUUUAAAAAAUAUUAUGAUUUUGAAAUGAAAUAUUCAUCAUCAUCGGAUAAUGGUGAACUAUUGGAACGUUUAAAACAGAAAGCAGCCGAAUAUGUUGAACAUGGGACAUUUUUUUCAAAUUGAAUUUGUAUUUGUUUUGAUUUUAUAAUAAAUGUACUUAAAACACAGACAGACAAACAAAUGAAAUCAAAUCAAAUUGAUUUAUUUCACAUUGAUGUAAACGACGAGAAAGAGAAAUUUUUUCCUUUGAAAUAAAAUCCCUUAUUUAACCUUGGCA